AUGCCUCAGGAACAGUACUCACACCACAGGAGCACCAUGCCCAGCUCUGAGGGGCCACACAUAUACAAAGUGGGGAUUUACGGCUGGAGGAAAAGAUGCCUGUAUUUCUUUGUCCUACUCCUCAUGAUUUUAAUACUGGUGAACUUGGCCAUGACCAUCUGGAUUCUCAAGGUCAUGAACUUCACAAUUGAUGGAAUGGGGAACCUAAGAAUCACAGAAAAGGGUCUGAAGCUAGAAGGAGACUCAGAGUUCUUACAACCUCUCUACGCCAAAGAAAUCAAGUCCCGACCAGGUAAUGCCCUAUACUUCAAAUCUGCCAGGAACGUGACAGUGAACAUUCUCAAUGACCAGACAAAAGUGCUGACUCAGCUAGUGACAGGUCCAAAGGCUGUGGAAGCAUACGGCAAAAGGUUUGAAGUAAAAACUGUUUCUGGAAAAUUGCUCUUUUCUGCGGACGACAGUGAAGUGGUCGUAGGAGCCGAGAGAUUGCGAGUCUUAGGAGCUGAAGGCACAGUCUUCCCCAAAUCCAUAGAAACACCUAAUGUCAGAGCAGACCCCUUCAAGGAACUAAGGGACCCUGUUCUCAGUUCAGUGGUUUGCUGUUAGCAUUUGCCUCGCUCUGGGUGAGUCUCUCAGAAGACAGUUGUAUCAGGCUCCUGUCAGCAUGCACUUCUUGACUUUAUCAAUAUUGUCUAGUUUUGGUGGCUGUAUAUAUAUGGGCUGGAUUCCCAGGUGUGGCAGGCUUGAAAUGGCCAUUCUUUCAGUCUCUGCUCCAAACUUUGUCUCCAUAUCCCUUCCAAUGAAUAUUUUUGUUUCUGCCUUUUAAGAAGGAGUAAAGCAUCCAUACUUGGUAAUCCUUAUUGAGCUUCACGUGGUCUGUGGAUUGAUCUUGGGUAAUUUGAGCUUUUGGGCUAAUAUCCACUUAUCAGUGAGUGCAUACCAUGUGUGUUUUUCUGUGACUGGGUUACCUCACUCAGGAUGACAUUUUCUAGUUCCAUCCAUUUGCCUAUGAGUUUCAUGAACUCAUUGUUUUUGAUAACUAAUUAGUACUCCAUUGUGUAGUUGUACCACAUUUUCUGUAUCCAUUCCUCUGUUGAAGGGCAUCUGGGUUCUUUCCAUAUCAAAGAAUCUUGUGGAGGAGGAGGCAGAAAAAAUGUCAGAGUCACAGGGAACGGGGGGCACCAGGAGAACACAGCCCUCUAAACAACUAAGCAAGGCACAUAUGAGCUCAUAACAGCCAGCUUAAGCAGCCAGCAGAGGACCUAUAUUGGUCUAUACCAGAUCCUCUGUGGUUUAUUAUAGCUAUUAGAAUUUUUCUGGAACUCCUGACUAUGAAAGGGAGUAGGUCUCUGAUUUUUUGCCUGCUCUUGGAACUCUUCUCCUUCUAAUGAUUUGUUGUGUUCAAUUUUAAUAUGAAAGCUUUUGCUUUGCCUCAUUGUAUUUUAAUUUGUCAUAUUUGGUUGUUAUCUCUUACAAGCCUGUUCUUGUCUAAUGAGAGACAGAAAGAAAGUUGAUCUAGAAGGGAAGUGGGGAGGAACUGGGAAAAGUGGAAGGAAGAGAAAUUAUAAAUCAGGAUAUAUUAGAAAAGAAUCUUUUUUCAAUUAAAAAAUAAAUUUAGGUCUGGAUUUCUGACUGGAGAUUCAUUAAAUGCUUGGUGAUUUAUGCAUGUCUUAAGUUUGAGAACUAACACACCAUGGAGCUCUUUAGUGGGGGUAUAGAGAUGGUUCCGUGUUUUAAGAAUGAGUAUUGCUUUUUUCAGUCAACUGGAAUUUUGUUUCCAGCACUCUAGUCCAAUGACUCAUGGUGUACCAUAACCCCUAUACUUAAGAACUCUUACGAAGCCUUCUGGCCUUCAAGGCUCACACAGGUACACACACACACACACACACACACACACACACACAGAGAGAGAGAGAGAGAGAGAGAGAGAGAGAGAGAGAGAGAGAGAGAGAGAGAGUGUGUUAGGCCGCUCAUGAUGGUCUUCAUCUUCCAAAUGCACACCUAAACUUUCAUUUUCCAGUUGGCCAAGAUGUCUUCUACUUUGGCUGUUGGGCCUUAAAGGGGUGUGGUCACACAAAUCAUUACAAAUCUAUUCUCCUCAAAAUCAGGCAGUCAGCCAGCAUACUGACCAGUUACUGCCCCCUGCACCUUGUUCAUGGAGGAGAGCUAUCAAGGUCUCCAUGGUGUAUUCAAUCCUGGCAAAGCAUGCAGUAACCACACACUUUCUUCCUUCUUUUCAUAAUAAGUUGCCUCCAAAAGUUGUUAUUCUGUUCCCCUUUCUUUCUCAAGCAGACUUCAAAUUUCAUGUACUUUUUAUGUCUCUAGGUUGUAUAAUAGGCACAUCCCAGAGAAGCACAUAGUCUACAGAAUCUAUUCACUCUCCAAGCCACAGUCAUUAUAAUUUAUAAAGGAACUCUAUCUCCCUUUCUCCAUUUAUAUCUUUCAUUGCUGUUUCCUGUUCACAUCGGAAAAUGAAUCUCUAGUUCUUUUGAGACUUUUGUUUUCACAAAUAGAACCAAACCCACUAAUAUUUUCUUGUCUGGAAUCAGAGCUCAGCUACAGUCACUCCAGAAUAACAAAGCACUGGGGAAUUUGAAUGCUCUGACAAUCCAAACACCAUACCCCUAACCUUGAAUAGAAAAUAGAUGCUAAUAAAUUCAGGGUCUUAAAAAUGUGAAUUAUAGUCAUUUCACACUUGGUGGCAGCUUCAUGCUGAAGUAAUAGCUGAAAACUUAAUUAUGAUGCUUGUCCCUCCUUUAAGUGCAGAUGACAUUCCUCAGAUAGAGUUUUGCAAUGACAGCUGAGGAACAGAGUUGAGACACUAAUUAGUUAUUCCUGAUGGAGACUAUUGACUGUGUACUGAUUAAAGCAACGUGUUGACGCCCUUCCUACCAUGAUGCAUCUGUCUAUUAGUUUCUGCUGCUCUCUCUGGUCCUCAUGAACAGCUCUUGGGGAAAUGAUGGAAAUGCCCUUCAGUCGUUGCAUGCAGAUAUAGAAGGCAAAUGUGCAUGAUAAGUGAGGUGGAAAUAGGGAGCAGAAGGCGCUAGGCUUCUUCUGAUUGCUGUGUUCCUGCAAUUGGCUCGGUGUCACUUUGAGGAACAUUUGUGAGACAUGCAGUCCUAAUGUACUGGACAUGGCUCAAUCAGGACACUUAGGAAGCUGUUGUACAAUAUGCCUCCAACUUCAGCCCAUCCACAGGCUAGAAGUCAGGAGGAUUCUGCCCUCAAUCGCAUUACCCCACAACACUCGUCAGGCAGUGACUAAAGAAGGGCAGAUCACAGUCCUCUCUGUAUAUGACAUGAUAUUCUCAGAUUAUGUUUUGUUUGUUGUGUUAUGACCUAGAGUGCUCAGGACUGAGGGGUAGAGCUAAAAGACACAGCUCGUAGAAGAAAGUGGUCUGUGGAUGUCUGAAUGGCAGGGUACCUCCCUUGACAGUCCUUAGGGCAGAUCACCCAAGCCAAAGGUCACUGUCCUAUCAGGACUAAAGAAAUGUGAGGAGGGAGGGGAGAUGAAGCCAUGGUCUGGAUGUAAUAUAUGAGAGCAGAAUAAAAAAUUAAAAAAAAAAUAAAGAACUGGAUUACGCUCAGAAGGAGGGGAAGAGUUUAUCUAAAUGGCUUCUAUGUAUGCUCUAAUGUGAAGACUCUAAAUCUUAGGAGUCUAAUUUCUGUUCACAGAAUUUUCAAGGCCCUUUCAGAGAGUUUGAGUUCCUUGAAAAAAUCUACUUUUUGGGUGGUUGAGACCAGAAUUUGUACUAAGUGUUGAUUCUUCUCUGUUCCUUAAGGUUUGGGUAUUUGGAGAACACUUCAUGGCCAUAUGAAGUGUUUAUAAUUUUAGAGCAUUUUCUCAAAUAAAUCUUUCAGAAAAACAAAACAAUCAAAAAUGCCACACUGGAGGCAUCCGUUUUAUCUGUUCAACAGAUGAGAAAGUAGGGGAGUUCAUUUGAAACAGCUCAUGUCAGGCAUAAUGAGAAGACCCCUAACUCAGUAUUUGGGGGUAGUAGGGAUUACGCCUUUAUUUUAUUUUGAGAGAGGAUCUCUGUAUGCAGUUUAAGCUUCUACUGACCACGAGACCAUUCUGAAUCAGCCUUCUGAGUUCAGGAUACUAAGACAACAUGUAUGGAUCUGCCAUGCCUAGAAGUGAUUAUGUCAUGCUAGAGAAUAAACCUAAGGUCCAAAGUAUGUUAGGCAAUAGGUAGUUCUACCCCUCAGUGAAGAAUGUUUUCCUAGUCCUGGUCAAUGAUAUUAAAGGUGUCAGUAAGUGGGUCAGGUCUUGGACCUGAUCAAGACAGUUAGCCAGUUUCUUUCUUAGUAGCCUGUGGUUUUGACAUUUCCUCAUUUGUUAAAAAUGUGGAAAGUGCAUAAGAAUGAAACCAAGACUAAGAAAGAGUUUAUGAGAUUUCAGUGGCACAAUAUAUGUGUGUAUGUAUGUGUGUGUGUUUAUGUGUGUAUGUGUGUAUGUGUGUGUGUGUGUGUGUGUGUGUUUGGGUGUCUGUGUGUUUGUGUGUGUUUAUAUAUGUGUGUGUGCUUGUGUGUACUUGUGUGUGUGUGUGUGCACGUGCACACACAUGUGCCCUAUUACCUAGAACAUGGAGCAUAACGAGCAUUUAUUUCAGAGGCCGUUAUAAUGUUAUAAUGACAUAUCAUCAUUCAUCCUUGUAAAAGCAGGGAAUCUGUCCUGGUAAUCUGGAAAUUUGCCUGCAGUAUGUAUAUGCCUUUGAGAUAACAGCCAGCCACCAGUUAAUAGCCUGUUUCCUACAAGGCAAGGUAAUAAGGCAACGAUAAAACAAAUGCGAGUCGAAUAAUUUGCCAAGUUGGUCCCAAAAUCUAAAGUGCACUCUAGCCCUGCUGUAAGUCUCUUAAGGGGAAGACAUUCACUCCGUAACUGAAGGUAAGAUAAAUCCACAUCUCUUCCCAAGGAGAAGUAAUUUAAGGAACACAACCUCUCCACAGACAGAAUGAAGUUCUAAGCAUUAUGACUAUAAUGGAAAGAUUUGUUUUAUAAGCAUUCAAACUACAGAGAGCUUUUUGAACUGAAAAGUGCUCUGAGUUAAGUUGCAGGAUGGUAUGGGAAGGUGAUAGUAUUUAAAAUGAAACGGAAAGGGGUUGGGGAUUUGGCUCAGUGGUAGAGCGCUUGCCUAGGAAGCACAAGGUCCUGGGCCCCGAACCCCAGCCCCGGAAAAAAAAAUAAAUAAAAUAAAAUGAAAGGGAAGUGAAGGCAUGGAGUCACAUUCCUGCAAUUCCAGUAUUAGGCUGAGGCAGUAGAAUAGAAAAUGCCAGGCCAGCUUUGACUACAGAGAAAGAACCUGUCAAAAAAUAGACAUAUACAAAGAUAUGUGCAUCUAUAUAGAAUAUUUGUAUACAUGUAUAGUAUACUACAUACAUGACAUAUGAAAAUAAUAGCAUUUACAUAUCAAAAGGUGUUAAAAGUCUGCCAGUAUUAGAGUGACUUAGUGCCAUCCUUCCUGACUCUUGCAGCCAUUCGCAGGAGGGCUGUAAUGAUUGAAAUCAUCUACCCAGAGGACCAUAAGAAGCAGAACAUCCCAGGAACAAGAUGCCUCAUCAGGACACAUUUUAUUUUGUCACCAACUGCUAGCAGCAAUCAAUAGCCCUUUUCUAGCUAUAGUGGGCAAUGAAAUGAAAACAUUAAACUCUAAUGAGAUUUGAAGGGUUUCUCUAUAUUGACUAUUGCAUACUAUCCUAGAGAUAGGCCAUUUAUUUUUGCAUAUAGCCAUAAAAUUUGUACCUCUUCAUUAUAUCGUACCUUUAUGAGUUACGUUGUUUCCUUUCCCCUGACAGCCAUAAUGGCUACCUAUCUUUUUAUAUAACUUAGACAGAUUUUUAUCUUACAAUACUAGAGGGCUGAACUAAUUGUCCCUUAUUUUUAUUUUUUUUUAUUUUUAUUUUUUUGAACCAAGAUUCCCAUUAAUUUACUCAGGAGGGACAUAAGUUCACAAUCCCCCUGCCUCAGCCUCUUGAGGAGCUAGAAUUGCAGGCCUGUACUACUAGGCCCAACAAACUUGGUAACAAUUUAUUAGCAUGCCAGACUUACCUGUUAGACAUAAUGUUCUCUCCCUGUGAUUUUUGUAGGCAAAUUAAUUGUUUGGUGAUAACAGAUAUGUGAAUUCUUUUAGAGCCAUUUAAAUCAAAUCUGAAUAGUAAAUUUGAGAAAGCUAGUGUCACAUAAAUGCAUGCUACCAAAGAAGUCCAGGGAAUGGAUAACACACAAUUAAAAUCCAGGAUCCAUGUGCUCUCUGAGGUGUACUUGACACAAGAGUGAGUGGUUUCAGCCUAGAACUGAAGAAAGCAAAGUAAUGCUACCUCAUUGGUUCUUCAACAUUUUCCCGUCCUGCCUAACUAGUUUGAUGAACUAAGAGGAGGCAGACAAAAGAAUGGAUAAAAAAAGAAAUAAAAAUGGAAAGAAGGAUAUGAUCCUAGGUAUGGUGGAGGAGAAAGUUUAUUAUAGAGCAUAGCCAGAGUCAGAAAAAUCUAGAAGAGUCCAGAGUGGAUAUGACCAAAGUAAGCUGGACUGUGGAGAGAGGGAGAAGGGAAGAAAAAGAAGAGAGGAAGGGAGAGGAGGGAAGAACCAGAUGCACCAGCCAGGAAGCCAAAAAUACAAAAGGGGUAGGUAGCCAAAAUAUCUGGAUUUUAUAGAGAAGAGCCUCUGGGGAAAGAGCAGCCCAAUAGCUGGGCUGGAGAGUUCCAGAAGAGGGCAGGGGUAUCCAAUCAUACCCUGUAGCAGAUAGGGACUGAGGAUGCUGGAAGAAACUAGUGAUAAGAUUGGCUUUGAUAUAUUAAAUAGGUACCUCAGCCAUUUGUCUUGGGUUUGAAACUUAACAGAAGAGAGAACAGGGAAAAUACCUUUAGAGUAACACUUCACAAGGGAACCCAUCUAAAGAGCCUAGAGAUGGUUUGCUGCCAGAAUCUGUGCUUUCUAGACAAAGGAAGACUUUUCUAGUUAGACUCGCCAGUCUAGCCACAUAUAUAUAAUCCAGGCAGAUGUAUUGCCGCCACUAGAAUUUGAAUAGCUAUCCAGUCUCUGACAUAUGAUCUAGGAACACACUGAUGAACAAAACAGACAUGGUCUUUGCUCUUGUAGACUCUGCUCUAGCAGGCACCGCACUGAAUACCUAAGCAGGGGGCUUGGCAUUUGUAGGGUACAUUCUUUUGUCUCAUGUCACCGAGCUCCUUAGCAUCUUACCUCAGUUACUCUAACAUCAUUUAAUCUGUACCCCAGGAGACACAGUGGAGUCAUGCCUAGUUUAUAGGUAGAACACUAAAUGCUCGUAGAGGUCUGGGGACUUGGAUAAGGACACUGAGGGAUUCAGAAAGCGAGGGGGGUUGCAGAGGUCACAGCAGGCAGCACAGAAUGCAGAAUAAAGAAUGGAAGCUCAGUUGAGACUGACUUGUGAAUCUGGUUCGAAAAUUCAAGAAAGCCUGAUGUCAGGCCGUUCAUUGCUAGUAUAUUUAAAACAGUACAAUUUUGAAAAAAAAAUGUUCAGGCAACAAUCAUUCCAAUUCCAAAUGCACAAGAAAGCUUACGGUGUGACUAUAUAGAAACUUCGUUGCAAAUUAAAUAUGGUGACCAUAAAGAUGGGUUGUACUGCUCAAGGCCCAAGGAUCUGGUGGGAUCUCUGAUUAAGAUAGUACAGAGGUCAGCAGGCUGUAAAGUAAAUGUGACAUCCCAGCUAAGGAUGGGUUCUGUCAUCUAGGAGCUAACUAUCCAGGGAAGGAAGAGUCUGGGAUAAACAUUUUGAACGAGGACCACCUCUAUAGCAAAAGGUGACUGAAAUCUGCCUCUACACAGAGCAAAAAGUCACCAAGUCAUUAACAAUUUCCAACCUUCUAUGUGGAAAACAGGUAUUUCUUCAUUUGAGGAAAUGCCUUUGUGUGUUUAACAUUUCUGGGUUCCUGAGUGAUCUGUGAGCCUAAGGACACUUGUGUCCCCCAAAAGGAAGGAAUUCUUCCUUAUUUGCCCAAACUUAACAUGUACACAUUCUCCUGACUCAUGCCUGCUCUCGGCAACAGUGCCAUAUUGAUUUGGUUUUUUUUAUGCUUCCUAUUACAUUUCUGAAGAGGUGCUGUCUGAGCUUCUCAUUAGGAAGAGUCAAAUGAAGACAGGAAUAAAAAAGCAACUUCAGCUUCCUGCUCAGAGUCUUGCUGAUACCCCUGUCUGUGACAAUGAGCAUACACACCAACACCGUGAAGAAAGUGAGUGGACACACAGUUGAGCAGAGCUUCCCUUUGAGCCUGGUCCUUUUGAUUGUGGAAGUUCGAUGGAGCUAGCCAAAAAGAGAGAAAUAGCACUCACCAGGACCUUUGGCAGCACGCAAUAGUAGUUAAUAACAACAAUAAUAACUGCUACUAGUAUUAAUUUGAUCCCUUGUUUAAUACUUAUCUCUUUUAAUGAGUUGUAAAUCCUAAGCCCUUAACUCUGAACCUUGGUCUCAUAUUGGAACCAUGUAAGGCAUUUAAAAAUAAUCCUGAUUUCUAGUCUCCUGGUUCAGAAGGAUGAAUUAGCAUCUUUAGGGGUUUGUAUUAGACAUUAGAAUUGCUUAAAACAUGUCCGGUGUCUCCUCAGUACAUUCAAAUCUAGGCUAAUGAGACAGAUAACUAUACUAAACCUUCAUCUACAAGCACACUACUUUCCAGAGGCUACGAAGCUGUACUAGCCCAGGAGCAGAUGUAAAACCCUGACCCUCAGUCAGUAGUACUUCCUUAGAGAUGCCGCCACAUGCGCACACACACACACACACACACACACACACACACACACACACACACACCAAGAAGCAGAUCAAUGCAAAAACAAGAGGGCGCAUUGGGAUUGACCCUCAAGGCGAGUGACUAGAAGGUGAUCCCAGAUGGCUAUUACAAUUUUUAUUCUUUUUAGGAACACAGUUUACAUUAGCAAGGUUACAGUCCAAACUUAUUGGCUAAGCAUAAUGACCUUUAUAUCUAUUGACUAGCAAGCAUGGGCAGACCAUGACACACAUUUGCACUCUAUCUGGGACUUUCUUGGGGGUGACUAUCAGCUAGUGCAUUCCAAGAACUGUGGAUAGAGAGUGGAACUUGGCCUAGCCUGUUGGUAAGUGGGUAGGAGGGGAGUUGGAAAGAUGGUUGGAUGGAUGGGUUGAGCCGAUGAAUGACAGUGGUUACAGCAGGUGUGGACUUCAGUACACAGAGCAGUAUUAUUAGAUGGCUGUUCACAGUAACCUUAUGAGUCCGCACACUACUUCAUAAAAAUCAUUAGCGGCUUUCGAUCAGUGUAUGCGGAUACGAAAGAGUAAACAGCAAACUGCGGAAUGCUUCCAUCGUCUACGAGUGUAAUUCUCUUUGCUCUCCUUCUGAUCUUGGCGCGGAUCCCUCUUGACAACUCAGGCAGCCAUUACAUCAAGGGUAAUGGUUCAUUCUUAUAUCUUCAGUGAAUCAUGUUUACCUGAAGGAAGCAAAGAUAACAAAGAGGAAAUUAUAGUUUAUGCACAGUGCUAUGGCUGCUUGCAAACCAAGCAACGACGGGCAAGUUUCUGUGAGCAACUGAGAGCUCCCUGUCAUCCAGAGGCAGGAGGUGAUCUAAGGGAGAGGUGGGGGCCCUAUUCACACUGUUCGCAUUUUAAUUGGAGGUGGGAGAAAGAUACUGAAGCACCUUCCACACCACAGAGGCUCACAGUUUCCUUAUUAUGAUGUUAAUUACAUCCCUGGAUAAUUCAGCAGGGUACCAGCACCUCAUUGAGCACAGCAAAUUUUUAUUGUUGAUUUUAUUCAAGUAAGUGCAAGCAAGGCUGUGCACAUAAUCAGGAGAGAGUGUUGAAAAGAACGGUGGAAAAAGUAGCGUUGGUCUGGGCUUGGUCUAAUGCCCUAUUACUGUGCUGUCCAUGUAUCACUUGGGUACCAUUAAGAGUAUUGUUCCCUCUAGUUAUUCUUCUACCCUAAAAGUGAUAGAUGCUAAAUUCUCUUGACCCAUUGUGGGUAACAUGGUUUCUUUUAUAAGAACUGCUGUCUAGUUUCGUGAUCUCUUUCAGCUUUCAAUUUUGUUCUAGCACUGGUCUUGCAGGUACGCCCACUACAUUGUUUUAUCAUUUUUGUUAAAAUAAUAGUAAACACUUACCCCUCAGGUCAUUUCACUUUGGUUUGUCAGAAAAAUAACUUAAUAUUGGUUUGUCUGAAUGCUCGGGAAUUUCAUAUGUGUAUAUCAUGUGUUUGCCCCCCAUUGGCCCUCUUCUCUAUCGAUCUUAGCACUAUUUCUUCCCAAAUCUAUCUGGAAAACAAACAAUAAAACCCCAAAUCACCACAACAAUGAAACCAAAUACACUUAGUGCCAGCUGUGUGUGCACAGUGUAAGACCAUCUACUAGAACCUAGACAGCCUCUUAGGAGCCGCAUUGCUGAAGAAAACUGAUCCUACCUCUCCCUACAGCCAUCAACUGCCAAUGGUUUCUCUGCUGGUAUCAGGCUGCAUGAGCUCCUCCUACAGCUCCACUGGGCUUUUAGCUGGCUUGGUCUUGUGCUUAUAGACAUUGCUGCUGUGUGUUUGUGAGUGCAGUGGCUCUGCUAUGCUCAAAAUACACUGUCUUGCUGCAGUCAUUCUGUACCCUUGGCCCUUACAAUCUUUUUGCCCCCUUUUCCAUAAUCCCUGAGCUUUGGGAUAAAAAUGUCAGUCUCUGACUUGGAAUAUUUACCAGUUGUAGAUCUCCUACUAAUCGUUAUCUUCUUCAAAAACAAUCUUCUCUGAUCAAGGUUGAGUGAUGCACUAAUCUAUACAUGUAAACACAAGUACUUACGUACAGUUUAAUAUGAAGCAAAACAAUGAUGUUCUCCCCUGGGGACUAUGACCUACCCAGCCACGUGCUCCUGGCCCAGUUAAAAGUAUGAAAUGAGUUCUGUCUUGUAGAGUGGGCCAGUCAGAACUGUAGUAGUUGUUUAGCCGAUGAAAUUCAUGCCACUAUUACAGCUGUGGGCUUGUCUUACCAAUCUAGUGAUUCAUGUAGCUCACAGAGUUCAUAGCUGAGCAAGACUGUUUGUUGAAUAUACUUUUUUCUUUGUAGCAUGUAGCAAUAAGAAAGUUAGAUAGUAGGAGUGAAGCACUAGCUUGAUUUCUCCAUAUCCUAUGAUAUAAGUAUACAGUGUCUUCAGAAAUUGGGUAUUCCUGUUGAGCUCUGGAGGGUAGCCAAGAGCAUUAGCAAUAGCCUUUCAUGAUGAUUACUUUAAAAACAACAACAACAACAAUGACAACAACAACAUAUUCCAUGCCUCAUACCAGAAAAAUAUAACAAAUUCACAAACAUACAUUGCCAAUAGUUUGAAAGGUGUGUUACAUACACAUCAAUUGACGUGUAUUCUACCUAUGAGGAGUGCAUAAACUUCCCUCUCUGAAGGAGUUCUAUUCUGCUCCAAUUGUUUAAUCCAAUAGUAUGCCAGAAAAGACUUAGAACUCAGCACAUUUCUCCCCAGUGGAUUCUAACCAAAGUGUUUGUACACUGCCCUCAAAAAGUUGGAAGGUUUUAGUAAAAACAUUGUGUGAAGGUAAAAUAAGCUAAAAGUCAAUAGUAAAUAUUUUUAGUCCCCAAAGUCCCAAGAUGCAUACCCGCUACACCAUCUCCUCUAGUUCUUCCUCUGUUAUUUGUUUCUCUUCUCCACUUUGUCCUUCUGACAUUUCUCUUUCACUCUGAUUCUUAUAUAGUGUUGAUCGGUAUAGUUGUCUUGGUCACUCUGGUUCCUACAGAAUCAUGCCUUAGGGUCUUACCUUUCCCUCAGGGUGCACAUAAAAAUUUGUUUCUGACAAAAGAAAAUCCCUUCCCUUCAGAGAAAGUCAGGAGCAGCUAUUCAGCAUAUUUCUGAAAAUUGUCUUUGAAUAUUUAUGUCUUCAGUAAGAAUUGCUGAGCAUGGUAACAUACUUGUUUUUCUUUCUUUUUAAUUAAUAUAAUAAUGAUUAUAUUUAUGAGGUACGGGGGAAAUGCCAAUACAUAUACAAUUUGUAUCAAUCAGGUUACAUUUAUAUCUUAUUCCCUUGUGAAGACUUGAUAGCCCUCUGGGGGAUGCACAUAGCAACCACCCAUAAAGAAAAGGCUUCAUCGGAGCCUUGGAUAUUAUCAAGAAUACUCCUGUCAUAUCAUGAAUGAGAAAAACCAGGUCCAAGAGAGCUAAACUGACAUUUCUCAGGACAUAGCUAAGCUGAGAAGUAGGCACUAAAAACACAGCCUUCAAACUCCCAGCUGGGGCCUUACUGGCUUGCAUUGUCUUUUAUUUCAUUCAAUCUGUACUCUGUACUUAACCAUUUACCACUUAAGAGUUGUUACUCUUAGACCAAGGGCCCAGGAGCCAGAUGGCCUUCCUCUAUCACUGAUUACCAAGCACUUGUCCUCUGGGGGCUUUGUUUCAUAUUUGAAAAAAAUGCAGAUGCUAAUACAGUUAAAUACGGAAGUCCAGAUUAAAAUGGACUCUUUGAGAAUCAGAAGGCUUGUAACUGUGUAAAGUCCUAUAUUCCAUCUACUCGAGGAGUACAUAUAAUCCUGUACAUGGAGACAUAUUAGGAAUGCAGAAGACUUCCAGCCAUGGUGCUACCUCAAGGAAAACAUCAGCUAUUAAGUCUCAGAUCAGCUGCCUGGCUUCUUCACAGGACCUGUCUUGGUGUCGUGUUGAGGUUGCUCUGUCUAAUAAGAACUUGGGUGGAAGUAGUGAAAACAUCACACGGGACUUUUCCUCUUGGGUAAUGCAGAUGUGGGUAACCCUGUAAUUCCUCAUGAUGGGCUCUGGGUCUGUGAUAGUUCCAGGGUUCUCCAACAGUCCUUGUCCUUGCCAUGUCCUGACUAUCCAGUGAGACAUCCGGAGCUGUCCCUAGUAAAAUUUUAGAAGCCAUCAUAGGAAGUACACGAUAAGAUGUGUGCAAGUAGCAGGAAUAGUAUUUUUAGGGGGACAAAAACUUACACUGAAAUGUCAUUUGCUUUUAGUGAUGGUUUGAUUUAUCCCUAAUUCUCCCAAAUCAAACCAUAAAUGAAAAAUUAUUCACAGCCUUUGCCAAAAAGGCAGUAUCUUCAGGCUAUGUGUUAGGUGGCUUUAGAAUUUAACACAGUGAGCAAGAUUAAGACAACGAAUUGAGUAUGGGGAAGGGAUGUGCAAGUACUAGACAGAAACUAAUUGGAAAUGUGGGAAGAAAGCAGCAGGCCCUACUGGGAGGGGAGACAGAGGACAUCAUUUCAUCAGCAGGGGCUGAGUUCUCUGAGGCUUUGAAGCAUUAGAGGUCAAGGACUAGAGGGAGUUUAGUUUUAUACUGGAGAGUGCUUAAUGAUGACUUUGGGAGCAGCAUCAGCACCAGGAGUCUCUGAAGCAUUGACACAGAAAGCACAGGGACACACAGUGGAUUAAUGGACACUCAAUAGAGCUGAUGCCCAGGGCCUCCCCUCACAGUGCAUCUUUCUCCCUCCACAGACCAUCAAGGGAAGUUUAAUUGAGAAUCCCCUAAAAGCAAAGUACAUUAGAGCUACUGACAUGUUUUAGAGAUGGAGGUAACUUGCCAAAGCCUGUGGUGGAAUGCAAAAGGGAAAGCUUAAUUCCACGAAUGUCUCCCUAAAGGGAGGGAGUCUAGGUACAUGGGCAAGUGAAUGACAGCCAAGUACAAAGCUUAAAGGAACACAUAUCCAGUACAUAGAGAGAUGCUUGAGCCAAGAAAAUUACAUUAAAUUAUAGGAAACAUCUCACUGUGCUAUUUCACACCUGUAAGGUCUCAUCAACUUAAUAAGCUACAUGAAGUCUUGAGAUAGACAUGUGUUGUCUCAUGACUUUCUUGAUCCCCUCUCAUAACAUUUUGUCAACUUAAAAUCCAUGGUAAGUACAAACAUCUGUGUUUCAGACUACCCUUUAUGUCCUGUUUUACAGAGACCCCCUAUCUCUCUUCUAACACAUCUACCUCUGUUUUUGUGUCAAAUUUACUUUACACCUGUUUUAUUUAUAACAAUCUCCAUGAUUAGCCCAAAGCAUGAUGCUACAGGGUAACUUCACUUUUCAUUUAUCCAUACUGCUUAACACAGUGCCUGACACACAGUACAUAUUUGUGGGAUAAGAGUAAAUAAAUCAUAGUAAAUCAGAGGUAUAUUAUAUACUGAGCAUUGAAAAAAGGUGGGCAAUCUUGAAGAAAAAUGUAUUUUUCUGGAUUGUAAUUAAUUCAUUAUAUAUGACAUGGUCUAAACAUCUUUACAUACACAUUGUGGCUCUUAUUAAUAUUAAGUUAAUAUUAAUUGGGGUUUCUACACCACCUUUGCUCAUUCAGUUUCCAGAUCAAAGGCAAAAUACCUUACAUUUAUAAUAAGUCUUAACAGCAUUAGAGCUGGACACAUAUCAACCCUCAAUGGCUAUUCGUCUACUUCCCUGUCAAUAAUCCUGAGUUAUAAUUUGCCAUGUUCUACCUAGGCCGCUCUUUCUCAAUUGGCCAACCCUCAUGCCCAUGUUUCCACGAUUCAUCGACCCCAUGGUGUCUUCUCUUUCCACUUUCUUUUUCUUCCUCUCAUGGUCUCUGCUUCAGACCUUAAGCCCCAGAACUAAAACUCAGCCUACUUCACUUCUGUCCAACAGAUAGUUUCAAAUUAAAGAAAAAGGUUUGCACAACAAAUGCUGGUAAGCCUGAGAAGACAAAAUUUAGCAUUAUAAUGCAUAACAUCAGACCAAGCUUUCUUUUUUGUCUAAAUAAAAAUGUUCUCUCUCUUAUAAUAAUGAACAACUAUGAUAAAUAUAAAAUCAUUAGCUAAGAGUUACAUUUAAAAAGCCCAGCCUAGAAGGGAGAGGCAAAGAUUAAAACAGAGACUGAAGGAACACCCAUUCAGAGCCUGCCCCACAGGUGGCCCAUACAUAUACAGCCACCCAAUUGGACAAGAUGGAUGAAGCAAAGAAGUGCAGACCGACAGGAGCCGGAUGUAGAUCGCUCCUGAGAGACACAGCCAGAAUACAGCAAAUACAGAGGCGAAUGCCAGCAGCAAACCACUGAGCUGAGAAUAGGUCCCCCGUUGAAGGAAUCAGAGAAAGAACUGGAAGAGCUUGAAGGGGCUCGAGACCCCAAAAGUACAACAAUGUCAAGCAACCAGAGCUUCCAGGGACUAAGCCACUACCUAAAGACUAUAUAUGGACUGACCCUGGACUCUGACCCCAUAGGUAGCAAUGAAUAUCCUAGUAAGAGCACCAGUGGAAGGGGAAGCCCUGGGUCCUGCUAAGACUGAACCCCCAGUGAACUAGACUAUGGGGGGAGGGCGGCAAUGGGGGGAGGGUUGGGAGGGGAACACCCAUAAGGAAGGGGAGGGGGGAGGGGGAUUUUGCCCGGAAACCGGGAAAGGGAAUAACACUUGAAAUGUAUAUAAGAAAUACUCAAGUUAAUAAAAAAAAAAUAAAAAAAAAAAA